GACUCACAGAAGGACGCGCUGACCGCACCGAGGGCUUUGGAGAAGAGGGAGGUGCCCGAGCUGACGGCGGGACGAUGACGCUGCCCCGAGGUCCCUGGCUGGCCCUGACCUUGGCCCUGGCCCUGACCACGGGCCCACGUGGAGGCACGGCGGCCCCCCAGCAGGACUGCACAGGCGUCGAGUGCCCGCCGCUGGAGAACUGCAUCGAGGAGGCGCUGGAGCCGGGCACCUGCUGCGCCACGUGCGUGCAGCGGGGCUGCUCCUGCGAGGGCUACCAGUACUACGAUUGCCUGCAGGGCGGUUUCGUGCGUGGCCGCGUGCCCGCCGGCCAGUCCUACUUCGUGGACUUUGGCAGCACGGAGUGCUCCUGCCCGCUGGGCGGCGGCAAGAUCAGCUGCCAGUUCAUGCUGUGCCCGGAGCUGCCACCCAACUGCAUCGAGGCUGUGGUGGUGGCCGACAGCUGCCCCCAGUGUGGCCAGGUGGGCUGCGUCCACGGUGGCCGCAAGUACCCCGCCGGCCACACCGUGCACCUGCCACCCUGCCGGGCCUGCCACUGUCCCGACGCCGGCGGCGAGCUCAUCUGCUACCAGCUCCCUGGCUGCGAUGGAGAUGCUGAGGUCCUGCCAGCUGCUGCUGCCGCGGCCACCGGAAACUUCUCAGACAGGGAGGAGGGCGAAUCCGUGCGGCACUACGAGGACCCCUACAGCUAUGACCAGGAGGUGGCCGAGGCGGAAGCAGCGGCGGCCCUGGCGGCUGAGCUCCAGGCAGGUGCAGGGGUCCCGGCCGCCCUUGGAGGCGGGAGUCAGCCACCGGCCUCCAUCCGGGUGACGCCAUGGCCAGCCGCCCUCCCCAGGCCCACGGCGGCAGCUGCCCUGGGCCCCCCAGCCCCUGCUCAGGCCAAAGCCAAGAGAGUGAUGGAGGCCAGUGAGGGGGAAGAGGCAGAGGAGAAGGAGGAAACGGGGCUCCAAGGGCCGCCCCCCACGGGCCCAGCCGAGCCCCCACUCCUGGUCCAGGAGGAGCCAGUAGAGGCCAGGGCCAGGCCAGAAGAGAACCUCAUCCCAGACGCCCAGCCCACUCUCCGCAGCACGGGGCAGGAGGCAGCCCGGCCCGGGUCGGGGGCAAGCAUGGAAGGUCUUGUCCCGUCGCAGGCCGUGCCAGGCCCUCCCGGGGACCCAGCCAAGCCCAGUGUCCACACCACGCCAACCACAUCAACUCACAAGGCCACCCAGGCCCCCCCAACCCAGGAACUGCCCAAGCGGCCGCAGAUUCUGCCCCAUCCCUGGGCAAAGGAGGACGCAGACCCCAACUCUGUGCAUUCUGUCCCCAGAGCCUCCACCAAGGACCUCAUCGAGACGUGCUGCGCUGCUGGGCAGCAGUGGGCCAUCGACAAUGACGAAUGUGUGGAAAUCCCCGAGAGUGGCGCCGAGGGUGACGUCUGCAGGACAGCCCAGAAGCACUGCUGCAUCUCCUACCUGAAGGAGAAGAGCUGCGUGGCCGGCGUCAUGGGGGCCAAGGAGGGUGAGGCCUGCGGGGUCGAGGACGACACCUGUGGCGUCUCCCUGUACAAGCAAUGCUGUGACUGUUGUGGUCUGGGACUCCGCGUGCGGGGCGAGGGCCAUUCCUGCGAGUCCAACCCCAACCUGGGCUACCCCUGCAACCACGUCAUGCUCUCUUGCUGCGAGGGUGAAGACACCCUCAUUGUGCCUGAGGUCCGCCAGCCUCCGGAGCCCGCGGCCAUGCCACGGAGAGUUUCAGAGGCGGACGUGGCAGGCCGGGAGGCUCUGUCUCUGGGCAUGGAGACUGAGCUGCCCAACAGCCUGCCGGGCGAUGACCAGGACGAGUGCCUGCUGCUCCCCGGGGAGCUGUGCCAGCACUCGUGCAUCAACACCGUGGGCUCCUACCGCUGCUCCUGCUUCCCUGGCUUCAUGCUGCAGGAUGAUGGCCGCACCUGCCGCCCAGACAGGGACCACUCCCAGCCGGCAGUCGCGGGGGAGCUUACACUGAAGUCCGAACCUUCCCAAGUGGCUCCCAACACGAUUCUACUACCACCGCCGCAACCCAAUACCUGCAAAGACAAUGGGCCGUGCAAGCAGGUGUGCAACAUCAUUGAAGACAAGGUCAUGUGCUCCUGCUUCCCUGGCUACGCCAUCAUGGCGGAUGGCGUGUCCUGUGAAGACCAAGACGAGUGCCUGCUGGGUGUUCACGAUUGUAGCCGACGGCAGUUCUGUGUGAACACCCUGGGAUCCUACCACUGUGUCAACCACACAGUGCUCUGUGCCGAGGGCUUUAUCCUCAAUGUGCACAGGAAGUGUGUGGACAUCAACGAGUGUGUGACCGACCUGCACACGUGCAGCCGGGGCGAGCACUGUGUGAACACGCUGGGCUCCUUCCAGUGCUACAAGGCUCUCACCUGUGAGCCAGGCUACACCCUCACGGACGGGGAGUGUACAGAUGUGGACGAGUGCAUGCUGGGCACGCACACCUGCCAGGCGGGCUUCACCUGUCAGAACACCAAGGGCUCCUUCUACUGCCAGGCCCGACAGCGCUGCAUGGAGGGCUUCCUGCAGGACCCCCAGGGCAACUGUGUGGAUAUCAACGAGUGCACAUCACUGCCUGAGCCCUGCAAGCCAGGCUUCAGCUGCAUCAACACGGUGGGGUCCUACACAUGCCAGAGGAACCCGCUGCUCUGCAGCCGAGGCUACCAUGCCAGUGAGGACGGGACCAAGUGCGUGGAUGUGAAUGAGUGUGAGACAGGCGUGCACCGCUGUGGCGAGACCCAGGUCUGCCAGAACCUUCCGGGCUCCUACCGCUGCGACUGCAAACCUGGCUUCCAGCGUGACGCCUUUGGCCGGGCCUGCAUUGAUGUGAACGAGUGCUGGAGUGCCCCGGGCCGCCUGUGCCAGCACACGUGCGAGAACACGCUGGGCUCCUACCGCUGCUCCUGCGCCUUGGGAUUCCGGCUGGCCGCCGACGGCAGGCGCUGUGAAGAUGUGAAUGAGUGUGAGGCCCAGCGCUGCAGCCAGGAGUGCGCCAACAUCUAUGGCUCCUACCAAUGCUACUGCCGCCAAGGCUACCAGCUGGCCGAGGAUGGGCACACCUGCAGAGAUAUCAACGAGUGUGCACAGGGCGCCGGGAUCCUCUGCACCUUCCGCUGUCUCAACGUUCCGGGGAGCUACAAGUGUGCAUGCCCGGAGCAGGGCUACACCAUAACGGCCAAUGGGAGGUCCUGCAAGGACCUGGACGAGUGUGCCCUGGGCACCCACAACUGCUCGGAGGCUGAGACCUGCCACAACAUCCAAGGCAGCUUUCGCUGCCUGCGCUUCGAGUGUCCCCCCAACUACGUCCGAGUCUCCGAAACGAAGUGCGAGCGCACCACGUGCCAGGACUUCAUGGAGUGCCAGAACUCGCCGGCGCGCAUCACGUACUACCAGCUCAACUUACAGACCAACCUGCCGGUGCCCACGCACAUCUUCCGCAUCGGCCCGGCGCCGGCCUACGCGACUGACACCAUCGCCCUGUCCAUCAUCAAGGGCAACGAAGAGGGCUACUUCGGCACGCGCCGGCUCAACGCCUACACCGGCGUGGUUCUCCUGCGGCGGCCGGUGCGCGAGCCGCGGGACUUCGCCCUGGACGUGGAGAUGAGGCUCUGGCGCCAGGGCUCCGUCACCACCUUCCUGGCCAAGAUGCACAUCUUCUUUACCACCUUCGCCCUGUGAGACUCCCGGGCAGGGGCCCCCGGAGCUCCCGGCUUUCCCUGCAUCGCGGCUCGCCCUCUCUUUUCAUUGUCAGACAAACCCGCCUGGGUGGGAUUGCGUUAUCAUUGGAGUUGGGUUUUUAUUUGUUUUUUUUUUUUUUGUUUUUUGUUUUUUUACCAUGAUUUUGUAAAUUAACUUAAUUUUGCUGACUUGCUCCCUCUUGGGUUUGUGGGCCUCUCUGUUGCCCUGGAGCGGAGGGCGUUCGGCUAGGGCAGUGAAAGAUCCAAGGAGAGCUUCAAGGUCACCGUGUGUGCCUCUAAGUGGAAUUACAAGACCAAAGAAUGGAAACACAGGGACCACGUUGGAGCUUGACCUGUCCUCAAAGUUGAUGCUUCGUUUCGUGUUCCACUGUGAUUAGUUGUCUACUUAUAUUUUUUAAAAAUCAUUUUAAGAUUUUUUUAAAAUGAUAAAGGGUAGUACAUGUCUAUUGUAAAAAAAAAAAUUCAAAUAGUACGAAAGGGUUAUAAAGUAAAAAAGGAAAACACUUCUGGGCCCCUUACUUUUGUAACAUGUUUUUGAGUUUGGCAACAGUAUCUGAUUGUCACGGGGUUCCCCAGCCUGGCCAACAUGUCAAAAUGUUGAUCGAGACCUAAUUUGAUGUCUUAGGUAAAUCAUUUGUCUGAAAAACAAGUUUGCCCCGGGGGGUGGGGGGUGGGGUAGAAGAGGGGUAGAAGAACGGAAGUAUAAUUAGAGAUGCUAGCUUUAUAAUCCUUUGUUCUCUUCAGCAUCUACGUCUCCUCCUUCUUCUCCCUUCUCCCCUCUCUCCUCCCCUUCCUUCCCCAAAUGUGGACCCCAGCUGGUCUGUGACUCUGGAUAACAUCCAGGAGCUCCAACGCUGGCUCCCAUUGCUGAGGCCUAAGAAAACAGAUUGGGCAGUGAACUCAAGCAGGAACCUGGAGGAUGUGAGAAUUCAGCUUUUCUCCUCCGGUGUAGGUUUCUGGGGCAAAGGGGGCUUAGCAGAACCCGGGGAAACUGAGGCACCGAGAGGGAGGGCACGUGCUCCAGGCACAUGGUUAGCGUCUCUGAGCCCAAAUCUACAGACCCCACAAAUGGAGUUUUGCCACCACCCCUGGCUUGCUCUUUCUCUAACCCAGUGGAUUUCCGACUGUAAGCCGUUGAGUCCUGUGGGGCUGAAUUGAAUGGUGUGGGUUACGGCAUUUUAAGAAUGAAGUAGAAUCGGGUGGACAAUGUCAAAGUGUUUCCCGCUUCUGGAAGGUGGGACUUGUUUCAUGAAACAAAAGUGUGUGUCUCUGUGUGUGCACAUACCUGGGCAUACACCAGCUUUGACUUGUGACAUGAAAUACAGUUCUUGCUGUGAGUGAUCGCCAAAGAUGAAGGCUCAGCAGGCCUGAUGGGGACGAGAAAGCAUGUGUCCCCAAUGAGGGGGGCAGCUCUCCUCAGCUCUGGCGAUGGCUGCUUUCUGGGAAUACUGGCCAGAUUUUCUGAUUUCUCAAGACAAGUUCCCAAGCUUUAUUUUGAUGUAAACUCUCCCAACUUUAAGAUGUGGCGAUUGAUUAAAACUUCAGGCGUGAGCCAAACAAA